AGCGUAGUUGAACUACAUUGGCAGAAGAAGCGAUCAGUUCAGUGAAAAUGGCUACUCCGAUCCCUAACCGACACCUGUUCAUCGACGGCGAGUGGAGAGAGCCUCUCCUCAAGAAACGCAUCCCCGUCGUCAACCCUGCUACCGAACAAAUUAUCGGAGAUAUACCGGCUGGUACUGCUGAAGAUGUGGGGCUUGCAGUGGAAGCUGCGCGGAGAGCAUUCACGAGGAACAAAGGGAAAGAUUGGGCUUCUGCAUCUGGGGCCGUUCGUGCAAAGUAUUUGCGAGCUAUUGCUGCUAAGGUAACAGAGAGAAAGUCUGAACUAGCAAAACUUGAAGCAAUUGACUGUGGAAAACCACUUGAUGAAGCAGUCUGGGACAUAGAGGAUGUAGCUGGAUGUUUUGAGUACUUUGCAGACCUUGCUGAAGGUUUAGAUGCAAAGCAAAAGGCUCCCAUUUCUCUUCCUAUGGAGACAUUUAAGAGUUAUGUUCUUAAGGAACCCCUUGGAGUCAUUGGGUUGAUCACUCCAUGGAAUUAUCCGCUAUUGAUGGCCACAUGGAAAGUAGCUCCUGCCCUGGCUGCUGGUUGUACUGCAAUUCUCAAGCCUUCCGAAUUGGCAUCGGUGACUUGUUUGGAGCUGGCUGAGAUAUGUACAGAGGUUGGUCUUCCCCCUGGCGUUCUUAACAUUGUCACUGGAUUCGGCACUGAAGCUGGCGCUCCUUUGGCAUCUCAUCCUAAUGUUGACAAGAUUGCAUUUACUGGAAGUUCUGUCACUGGGAGCAAGAUAAUGGCAGCUGCAGCUCAAAUGGUCAAGCCUGUUUCUCUGGAGCUUGGUGGGAAGAGUCCUAUUGUUGUGUUUGAGGAUGUAGAUCUUGAUAAGACUGCUGAGUGGACUGCCUUUGGGUGUUUCUGGACAAAUGGUCAGAUCUGCAGCGCAACAUCCCGUCUUAUUGUGCAUGAAAACAUUGCUGAAGAAUUUUUGGACAAGCUUGUGAAAUGGUGCAAAAACAUUAAAAUUUCAGAUCCCUUGGAGGAAGGUUGCAGGCUGGGCCCCGUCGUUAGUGGUGGACAGUAUGAGAAAAUAUGUAAGUUCAUCUCAACUGCUAAGACUGAAGGUGCAACCGUUUUGUGUGGUGGAGCUCGUCCCAAGCAUUUCACAAAGGGAUACUUCAUUGAACCAACCAUAAUUACAAAUGUUACAAACUCCAUGGAAAUCUGGAGGGAAGAAGUUUUUGGACCAGUUUUAUGUGUUAAAACAUUUAGUACCGAAGAUGAAGCCAUUGAAUUGGCUAACGAUACCCAUUAUGGCUUAGGUGCUGCUGUUAUAUCAAAUGAUCUAGAAAGAUGUGACCGCGUAAGCAAGGCGUUUCAGGCAGGCAUUGUGUGGAUCAAUUGCUCACAGCCAUGCUUCUGUCAAGCUCCAUGGGGAGGCAACAAACGUAGUGGUUUUGGGCGUGAACUAGGGGAAUGGGGUCUUGAUAAUUACUUGAGCGUAAAGCAGGUAACUCAGUAUGUAUCCGAUGAACCAUGGGGAUGGUACCAGUCCCCUUUGAAGCAGUGAAAGAUACCAGGAACCACUGCUGUAUCCUAUUUGCAAAAUAAGGUGGGCACCUUUGUUGUAUUGAACUAAAUGUUAUCAAGACUAAUAAACAUAUCACAAAUGAUUUAAACCAGUUGAUCUUUUGGCCUCGAUGGCCCUGAGUUUUAGGCAUGGCUUCUAUGGUAAAGAAUAUAUUUGAUUGCCAAAAGCAGAUGCGCAUGAAAUGUCGGGGUGAUUCCACAGCCAUGUCGUCGUGUGCAUGUUCAAAACUCGAAUUGGUAAUGCUAUGUUUUCAGAAUCCAUAUUCUGUACUUGCUUGAA